AGAGGAGCCGCGGCAGCGCCUCCGCCGCUCGUCUGCUCUCCCUGUGGCUGUUCCUGCUCCCGCCGCCGCCGUCCAUCUGUCCGUCUGUCAGUCCCGAGUCGCCGGCGCGCUUGGCAACCCGGAAAUCAUAAGUAUUUGAUCUUACUCAAAAUGUGCAAAGAAGAAUAAUGGAAGCCCCUGAAUAUCUUGAUUUGGAUGAAAUUGACUUCAGUGAUGACAUAUCUUAUUCAGUCACAUCACUCAAGACCAUCCCAGAGCUGUGCCGAAGAUGUGAUUCACAAAAUGAAGACAGAUCAGUUUCUAGCUCUAGCUGGAAUUGUGGAGUCUCAACUCUUAUUACAAAUGCACAAAAGCCCACAGGAAUUGCUGAGGUAUACAGUAAAUUCCGUCCAGUGAAGCGAGUUUCCCCACUCAAACAUCAGCCAGAGACGCUAGAAAACAAUGAAAGUGAUGACCAAAAGAACCAUAAAGUGGAGUACCCCAAAGUGGGUGAGUCUGACCAGGGCCCCCAGCCUGAGGAGCUCGGCCCUGAAGAUGGAGUGGGAGGCUUGCCCAGUAAGAGCUCCGAGUCCAGCACUGCACUGGGCGAACUGGAACAUUACGACCUCGACAUGGAUGAGAUUCUGGAUGUGCCUUACAUUAAAUCCAGUCAACAGCUUGCCUCUUUUACCAAGGUGACUUCAGAAAAAAGAAUUUUGGGUUUAUGCACAACCAUCAAUGGCCUUUCUGGCAAAGCCUCCUCUACAGGAAGCACUGAGAACUCACCAUCCAGUAUGACCCCAUUCUGUGUUCUUUCUCCUGUGAAAAGCCCUCACUUGAGAAAAGCAUCAACUGUCCUCCGCGACCAGCACAAGCUCUCCACUGAAGAGUCUGAGAGCUCACCUCCUCUGGUUACAUGUGGCUCUGCAUAUGAGCCAGAAAGCCAGAAUAAAGACUUCUUAAACAAGGCCUUUAGUGACCUGCAUAGCCGAAAGAUUGAGAAGACAAUGCCGGACUGUCAGCUCCGGGGCUUCCACCUGCAAUCUGCAGCAACAGAAUCCAAACUGGAAGAGCCGGUCAAGGUCAUGAGCUGGACCAGCUCCCAAGGCCCAGAAGAAAGGAAUGAGUAUCUGAAAAAAGUAAAAAGCAUCUUGAACAUCGUGAAAGAAGGACAAAUAUCUCUCCUGCCACAUCUAGCUGCAGACAAUCUAGACAAAAUCCAUGAUGAAAAUGGAAACAACCUGUUACACAUCGCUGCAUCGCAGGGACACGCAGAAUGUCUCCAGCACCUCACUUCUUUGAUGGGGGAAGAUUGCCUCAAUGAGCGGAAUACCGAGAAAUUGACACCAGCAGGCCUGGCCAUCAAGGUGACUGGUUGGGGGCUUGGCUCUCCUCAGCUAAAGUCAGUUUUCUAUGUUUUCAAAUUCCUUGAAGCUAAAGUAUUAGACGGGAGGGAAAGAAGAGUGAUUUAUCAAGCAAACAGUAAUGAACACAUCACAUGUCAGAGAUUACCCAUCUCUAUCACUAGCUGCUUUGAGAUUUUGAGACUGCGUUCCAAUUUGUUGUCCAAUAAGAUUAAGCUCCAAACCCUGGUAGAGUAUGGAGCAAACGUCACCAUGCAGAAUCACGCUGGGGAAAAGCCCUCCCAGAGCGCUGAACGUCAGGGGCACACCCUGUGCUCCCGGUACCUGGUGGUGGUCGAGACCUGCAUGUCACUAGCCUCACAGGUGGUAAAGUUAACCAAGCAGCUAAAGGAACAGACAAUGGAGCGUGUCACACUGCAGAACCAACUCCAGCAACUUCUAGAAGCCCAGAAAUCAGAGGGCAAGUCUCUCCCUUCCUCACCCAGCUCACCCUCCUCACCAGCUUCCAGAAAGUCCCAGUGGAAAUCUUCCGACGCUGAAGAUGAGUCUACAGCCAAAAGCAAACCAGGAGUCCAAGAAGGGAUUCAGGUCCUUGGAAACCUGUCAGCAUCCAGCCGAGCUAGGGCCAAAGCAAAAGACGAAGAUUCUGAUAAAAUCCUGCGCCAGUUAUUGGGAAAAGAAAUCUCAGAGAACGUUUGUACCCAAGAGAAGCUGUCUUUGGAAUUCCAGGAUGCUCAGACAACCUCUAGAAACUUGAAAAAGAUUCCUCUAGAGAAGAGGGAACUCAAGUUAGCCAGGCUGAGGCAGCUGAUGCAGAGGUCACUGAGUGAGUCUGACACAGACUCCAACAACUCUGAGGACCCCAAAAACACCCCUGUGCGAAAGGCUGACAGGCCCCGGCCACAGCCCAUUGUGGAGAGCGUGGAGAGUAUAGACAGCACAGAAAGCUUACACCUGAUGAUAAAGAAGCACUCCUUGGCAUCAGGACGCAGGUUUCCUUUUAGUACCAAGGCCUCUAAAUCCCUAGAGGGCCAUAGCCCAUCUCCCACCUCAGAGAGCAGCGAACCAGACUUGGAACCCCAGUGUCCAGUCUCGGGGAACACUCCUCCAAGCCAGCCCUCUGGAGAGCCCACUCAGUGCAGCCCUGACAGCACUGCGGCCCAGAAGGUCGCCAUGAGUCCCAAGAGCGCCCUCAAGUCUCCCUCUUCCAAACGCCGGACAUCUCAGAACUUGAAACUCAGAGUUACCUUUGAGGAGCCUGUGGUGCAGAUGGAGCAAACUAACCUUGAACUGAAUGGAGAAAAAGACAAAGAUAAGGGCAGGACCCUCCAGCGGACCCCCACAAGUAGUGAAUCAGGGGAACAACUGAAAAGGCCUUUUGGAACCUUUCGGUCCAUCAUGGAGACGCUGAGUGGCAACCAGAACAAUAACAACAACUAUCAGGCAGCCACCCAGCUGAAGACCUCUACGUUGCCCUUAACCUCACUUGGAAGGAAGAUGACAGACGCCAAGGGAAACCCUGCGAGUUCUGCUAGCAAAGGAAAGAAUAAGGCAGAGAUGUACAGCAGCUGCAUCCAUCUUUCCUCUAACAGGCUGAUUGAAGAGCAUCUGCGUAACUAUGCACGACAUAAUGACAUCAAUAGAACAAUGAAGAAAUCUUACAGCAUAAAGCACAUUGAUGAGCCAGAGUCAAAAGAACUCUUUUUGUAAAGCCCUUUUCUAUUUCCUCUCACUGAUGCCCUUUGGACACCAUUGGAAAUUACUGGACUAUCCUCUGUGGAAACAGAACCACAAGAACAAUGCCUCACCAGCCGAAGAACAGAAUAUCAGGAUGCCUUAAAUUUAUAUUAGACUCUGUCAUAUACAUUUUUGGGUGAUAUCUGUAUAUAUAUAUAUAUAUCUUGUUUUUCACAAGAUGCUGUUUAAAAGCAUGACUGUUUUUAACGUAUGUAUGUUUUUAACGUUGGAUUGGCACCCCGUGCACAGGACAUUCACCAAGCCACUGACACCGUCUUGAAUUUCAACAGUUGCAUGAGUAUUUGCUAAUGUUAGUUGAACUUCCCUUCUCCCUUAACAUGGGCAGUGUUGGCUCUGUUCCUCAAUAAGACCAGGUCAGUGGUAUUGUUUUCUGUCAUGAGUGUUUUUUCUGUCAUUUCUACUUUUUGUAUAAAGGAAAUAAAAAAAAAUGUUAACAGCCACCUAUAAGCUUGGGGCACCAACUUUCUAAUAAAUCUGUGAUGUUCUGAUUUCUAAGGGACUUUGAAAGUAUUUUGAUUGCUGAUAUUUGAUUUCAAGAACAAACUGCUUGGUUUAACUGUUUUCCCAUAGGGGUCAAAUAAAACAUUCUAUAUUUCAUUAAAUACUAAA